CUAAAUCUCUCUCCUUGGAAGCAUUUUUUUGUGAGGUCAAAAAAAAAAAAAAAUGGGAAGUCAACAAGCAGCGAUUUCGUUCCUGACGAACUUGGCGAAGGCGGCGUUUGGUUUAGGUGUGGCGGCGACGGCACUGAACUCGUCGCUCUACACGGUUGAUGGUGGCGAGAGAGCUGUGUUGUUCGAUCGAUUCAGGGGAGUGUUGGAUCAGACUGUCGGCGAAGGGACUCAUUUCUUGAUCCCGUAUCUCCAGACACCUCACAUCUACGAUAUUCGUACGAAACCUCACACUUUCUCCUCCAAAUCUGGUACCAAGGAUCUUCAGAUGGUUAAUCUCACCCUUCGUGUUCUCUUUCGCCCUGAGGUUUCGCGUCUCCCGAAUAUUUACCAAACAUUGGGUCUAGAAUACGAUGAGAAAGUUCUUCCCUCAAUUGGAAAUGAGGUAUUGAAAGCUGUGGUUGCUACUUUCAAUGCUGAUCAGCUCCUCACUGAGCGUCCUCAAGUAUCAGCACUUGUUCGUGAUGCUCUUAUCAAGCGUGCCAGGGAAUUCGGCAUUGAGCUCGACGACAUAGCUAUUACUCACUUAUCAUACGGUGCUGAGUUCUCGAGGGCAGUUGAGGCGAAGCAAGUGGCUCAACAGGAAGCUGAAAGGUCAAAGUUUGUGGUGAUGAAAGCUGAUCAAGAGAGGAGAGCUGCGGUUAUAAGAGCGGAAGGUGAGAGUGAAGCUGCUCAGCUGAUUUCAGAUGCAACAGCUAAAGCAGGAAUGGGACUAAUUGAGCUUAGGAGGAUUGAAGCUUCAAGGGAGGUUGCAGCUACUCUGGCUAGGUCUCCGAACGUGGCUUAUUUACCUGGUGGACAAAGCAUGCUCUUUAAUCUGAACCCUGGUCGUUGAGCUAUAACAUUGGUUGGAGAGAGGAGCUUAAGUGAAGAAAAAAAGAUGGAGAUGUGAAUUUGGUUAACGCAAUGGGCUUUUGUUUCUGAUGAACAAUAAUGGGAAAUGAGAAUUGCUAGUUACUAGUGAGCCUUUUAUUAGGUUAUUAUUUUCUGUUCUGAUUCUUGAGGUAAAGUUUGUUUUUUUAAACAUUGUUGCUUCUCUUCCUUCAAUGGGUUUUGUGGACUUUUUUUUUUUUAACAUCAUUUUUCUGUGGUAAUAACCCCAACAUGGAAUU